AUGGUCAAGCCAUUCUCGAGAUCAAAGCGCACACCUGUGCGGCUACGACACAAGAUUGAAAAGGCCAGUGCGGCGAAGCAGAGGAAGUUGAGGAAAGAUGCAAAAAAGAACCCGCAGUGGAAGUCGCGGUUAAAGAAAGAUCCUGGAAUCCCCAACCUCUUCCCCUUCAAAGAGAAGCUCCUUGAAGAAAUUGAGGAGAAGAAACGACAGAAGGCAGAACAAGCCCAGAGGCUAAGAGAUACUGCCAAGGCCGACAGAAAGGGCGGAGGCGAUGCAGACAUCGCAGGGAACGAUACCGAGGACGAUAUCAUGGAGGGAGAUGACGAUCUAAUCGACGACGAAAUGGACGAAGACGAAGAGCAAGCUGAUAACGCAAAUCCUCUGGCUGCUCUGGUAGCAUCUGCACAAGCCAGGGCUGCGGAGUUUGACGGUGGCGCCCUUGCAGGCGACAUUAGGCCUGGCGAAGAAGACGACUAUGACAGUCUGGGCAUCCAAGUUUCCGAGACCGUUGCCGUCGACCACCGAAGCCCUGACUCAUCGCGAAAAGCCUUCGACAAGAUCUUCAAGCAGGUCCUGGAUGCAGCAGAUGUGGUGUUAUACGUCCUCGACGCACGGGAUCCCGAAGGCACAAGAUCAAGAGAAGUGGAACGCCAGAUCCUGGCCGCAGAAGGCGGCUCGAAGCGACUUGUCCUCGUCCUCAACAAGAUCGACCUUGUUCCCCCGCCAGUCUUGAAGGGCUGGCUGACCCAUCUGCGGCGAUAUUUUCCUACAAUACCACUACGGGCCUCAACUCCCGCUUCCAACGCCCAAACCUUUGACCACAAACAACUUACCCUCAAAGCCACCUCCGAAGCACUUCUCCGCUCAUUGAAGUCCUAUGCCGCCUCAAAGCAACUCAAACGAUCCAUUUCCGUGGGCGUGAUAGGGUAUCCCAACGUCGGCAAAUCCUCUGUCAUCAACGCUCUCACGUCGCGGUUGAACAAGGGUACGCAGAGCUUCGCCUGCCCGGUCGGCUCCGAGGCGGGAGUGACCACAAGUCUGAGAGAAGUGAAGCUCGAUAGUAAGCUCAAAAUCCUGGACUCGCCCGGCAUCGUGUUCCCUUCAACAGUGGAUGGAGAAGCCAAGGAAGACAAACUGCGAAGGAAGGCCGAACAUGAAGCACGAUUAAUCCUUCUCAACGCGCUACCGCCGAGCCAGAUCACAGAUCCUAUCCCAGCUGUCAACCUCCUGCUCGAGAGACUGUCCACUUCAGACGCAUUGUACAAUAAGUUACUGAAAUACUACGGCAUCGUGGCCAUUGGGCCCUUCGGGCAGGGCGAUAAAACGACGGACUUUUUGGUUCAAGUGGCACGGAAAAGAGGCCGACUAGGCAAAGGCGGCGUUCCCAACUUUCACUCUGCUGCCAUGACAGUGAUUACGGAUUGGAGAGAUGGCAGGAUCCAAGGAUGGCUUGAGCCGCCCACGCUCAAAGUAGCGAAUGAUGAAGAAAUGGUAGAGGGAGGAGGUGCCGACACGGCUAUGCCUACUGGGGCUGACCGGAAGCAGAUCGUGAAGGAGUGGGCUGCGGAGUUCCAGUUGGUAGACUUUGGGGGACAUGAUGAGCUCGCCACUGUCAAAGACGAUGCCAUGCAGAUAGAGUCAUGA